CUGGCUAUCAACGCAUGCCUCAGGCCAAAUGAUAUUAAAUACUUGUCUCCCCUUUUUCUGAUGCCACUUUCAACAAGCAACCUACUCCUUCCCGUGGAGGUUUGCUUACACCAAAAAACAAAAACAUGCUUAUUACAGAGAUUCUGAGCAAUUCCCACCGCAGAGCCUGCAAUAUCUUAUGACAGACUGAUAAAUUAUUUCUCGUUAUGCCUGGGCCUCCCAUUUUGCUUGACCACAGAGGCAAAAGAUACAAGUGUGGUGCAAAUGGAGGAUUUUGCAUCUGUCCAGGAGCAGAUUUGUUUUACUUUCUAAAUCAUCAUACUGACAUUCUAAUGCCUCUCUCCCCCUUAGUGUGCUUGGGUUAGAACGCAGACACUCAGGCUCUGAUCUCCCUGAAGAGUGAUGUGCAUGAGUCCUCAGUCCCUAAAGCAGAGGGGAGUCCCAGUUGGUUUCCCACCUAACAGUGGUACCACCUGUGUCAGCUCCCUGGCUGACCCUGCUCACAGCAGCUGCUGUCCCUGCCAUGGCACCUUCACAUGAAAGAGCUUUUGGAACGCUGGUGGGUUAAAAAUAAGAAAAGGAGGACACUGCAACUGGAUGCAUUAAUCCAAGGGUUCCCAGUGGCCUGUCUGUAGUGACUUUUCCUCCUCAAAAAAAAAAAAAUGUCCGAAUGUUUUCAUUUCAUUCUGUGACCCUGCCUGGAAUACCAACGACCCUUUAGGGAUGUGUCUUGGAGUUUUAAAGCUUUCUCAAUUAAACGUGUGAGUCAUUCAAGAAGAGUUAGAGAACUUCCAAUGAUACACAUCAGUGGAAAUGUGUUCAAUAUUUCUUUCCUCCUGACACCUUGCUGGAUUGGGUUUACCUUUAGGAAUUCAUAGAUUUUGAGUUGUUUUUGGAGAGAGGGGAGGAAAAGAUGAAAACGGGAGGUAAGUGAGAAUGUGAAAUACUUGGAGAGGCCCAUCAGUUCUGCUGAGGGUGAGGGGAAAAUUUGAGAAUGUCAAGGACCAGGAGGACUCUGGGAGGACGAUGACAUGGGUUCUGUUGGCAUUUCCGGAUUGACCUGGGAAGGUAACCAACAAUUAUAAUAUUGUUCCCUGGGACAAAUACAGCUUGAGCUCCAAGUAAGUCACUUAUAAAGGAACUUUUGAGAUACAACCCAUUGCAACUGAGUUCCCAAAUGGUGGGCUUCUUAGAGUAAAUCUUGGAAAGAAAAACCCAGGAAGCAUUUGAGAAAAAAUAUAUAGGUUGAGAAGCAUAGAGCAUGUAAUGUGUAAGAGCUGGAAGAACAUUUGUCGCUGGGGUCUGGGGCAGGCAGUAACCUGCUGAAAACCCUGCCAGCACAAACUCCUCUCCAGAGACCUGGCAGAAAGAGGCCCUGCAUUUAAAGAGAGGAAGUUUGGGGCACUUGGGUUAUGCUGACGUUUGUUUCAUUUUGGGUUCUUGGGGCAGCCUCCUCCCCUAUCCUCUCGGAGAACUCCGGGCCUCCCGUCUGAGUCUACCUGUGAGUCCUGGCGGUAAGGGGUGACAGGUAAGAAAGAACUCAGCAGGAGAAGCCAAGCCCUUGGUGUGAGGAAGCUAGAGUGGCUCUAGAUACAACUUGGGGGGUAGCACUAAGAGACAAUUCAACGGAGUGAGUGAAAGGGAAUGGGGGCUCAGGAGCACCCAGUAAGGGGACCAGGGCAGGACACCCAGACCCAGCGAAGGUGCAGUGUGACAGCCCGCGUGGAAGGGAGAGUCAAGAUGAGAGUGCUGGGCGGUGUGGAGAGAAGGCGCUAGGGAAGCCGUCCCUGAGGCGACGGGAGCUCCGAGGAGGGAGGCGGGGAGGGUCUGAGGCCGCGGGCCGCGUGUGACCGCCGAGGCUGCGGCAGCUGGAACAGAUUGCUCCACCCCGCCCAGGAUCAGGCGAGGGGGGAACCCAGCUGGGCUGCGGCUGCCAACUCGCGCCAAGCGCGUCCGCGAACUCCGGGAGUGGAGUCCCGCGUGCCGCCUUUCCCCCCGGGGCCCCGCGGCCUCCCCCACGCAACCCUUCCCCACUUUUCUCCCCUUUUGCAAUCACAUGGCAUUUUAAGAAUGCCGGAAAGAUGGCGGUAGCGGCGGCGGCGGCGGCGGCGGCGGCGGCGGGGCUGCCCAGCGCGGGAGGCAGCCGGGCGCAGCGGAGCGGGCUGCUGGAAGUUUUGGUGCGGGAUCGCUGGCACAAAGUUCUGGUGAACUUGAGCGAGGACGCCCUGGUUCUGAGCUGCGAGGAGGGCGCCGCGGCGUACAACGGCCUCGGGACCAAUGGCUCGUUCUGCAGGGGCACCGGGCACCCGGGCGCGGGCAGCGCGCAGCCCCCGGACUCGCCUGCCGGGGUCCGCACCGCCUUCACCGACCUGCCGGAGCAGGUGCCCGAGUCCAUCUCGAACCAGAAGCGUGGCGUGAAGGUGCUGAAGCAGGAGCUGGGCGGGCUGGGCAUCAGCAUCAAGGGAGGCAAGGAGAACAAGAUGCCCAUCCUCAUCAGCAAGAUCUUCAAGGGGCUGGCGGCGGACCAGACCCAAGCCCUGUACGUGGGCGACGCCAUCCUGUCGGUGAACGGCGCCGACCUGCGGGACGCCACCCACGACGAGGCGGUGCAGGCGCUGAAGCGCGCCGGCAAGGAAGUGCUGCUGGAAGUGAAGUACAUGCGAGAAGCCACACCCUAUGUGAAGAAAGGCUCCCCGGUGUCCGAGAUUGGGUGGGAAACGCCCCCGCCGGAAUCCCCUCGCUUAGGGGGCGGCUCCUCAGACCUUCUGUCGUCAUCAUCGCAGCCCUUGUCCUUCCACAGAGACCGGAAAAGCAUCCCCCUCAAGAUGUGCUACGUCACUCGGAGUAUGGCCUUGGCUGACACUGAGAACAGGCAGCUUGAAAUCCACUCUCCCGAUGCGAAGCACACGGUGAUCUUAAGGAGCAAGGACUCAGCCACGGCCCAGGCCUGGUUCAGUGCCAUCCAUGCCAAUGUUAGUGACCUGCUGACCCGAGUGAUUGCGGAGCUCAGAGAGCAGCUGGGGAAAACGGGCAUUGCUGGGAGCCGAGAGAUCCGACACCUUGGGUGGCUUGCAGAAAAGGUGCCCGGGGAGGGCGAGAAACAGUGGAAGCCAGCUCUGGUUGUACUGACUGAGAAGGACCUUUUAAUGUAUGACAGCAUGCCCCGGAGGAAGGACGCCUGGUUCAGCCCAGUUCACACAUACCCUCUGCUUGCCACCAGGUUGGUCCACUCGGGCCCAGGGAAAGGAUCGCCUCAGGCUGGUGUCGAUCUGUCCUUUGCAACACGAACUGGUACCAGGCAGGGGAUUGAGACCCACGUCUUCAGGGCUGAAAUCAGCAGGGACCUCUCUCAUUGGACAAGGAGCAUAGUACAGGGUUGCCACAACUCAGCUGAACUCAUUACCGAAGUCAGCACAGCUUGCACCUACAAAAACCAGGAGUGCCGUCUGACCAUACAUUAUGACAACGGGUUUUCUAUCAUCACUGAACCACAGGAGGGUACCUUCCCCAAGACAAUCAUACAGGCUCCGUACGAAAAGCUGAAAAUGUCUUCAGACGAUGGAAUCAGGAUGCUGUAUUUAGAUUUUGGAGGCAAAGAUGGAGAGAUUCAACUGGACCUUCAUUCCUGCCCCAAGCCGAUUGUUUUCAUCAUCCAUUCCUUUCUGUCAGCUAAAAUCACAAGACUGGGCUUGGUGGCCUGAACGGAGGGGCGACUUGCCUUUAAGUAAAGGAGGGCUGCGAAGCCACCAGAAAGUGUGCCAUCAGACACCAUGUGCAGUGAGCGAUGCACCCGAUGUCACAUGCCACAGUCAGCUUUAGAUCCCAAGGGUCCUGCGUAACUGUCCCAGACUCCUCUGUCAGUGUCACCAACGACAAGGGUGACUAGGAAAACACAAAGGGAUAUCAGGAUCAAACUGUCUUUUCAGAACAGUAAAGAGGAGAAGGCGAUUGGAAAUACACAGCAUAGCUUCUGACAAUCAAGGACGUGAACAUUAGAACAGCCUGUACAGAUCUUAAUCAUACCAGUGUCUAGUCAACUGGCUCGCCCAGGUAAGCAAGGGCUGAAAAGAUGAAAAAUGGACAUUGUCACCUCUCUCCUCCCCAGUAACCACGGCUCCUUGUUUUGUGAUUUAUCCCCUACUUCUUUGACUUGCGCUGGCAAGGAAAGAAAAGCACUUCACAUGGAAACCCACCCUUUAUUUAGGUGUGAAGCAGCUGUUACUUUGUCUUAAUGAAUUAUCUUUCAAUGAUGUAGAAGGAUUCUGAAGGGUUCAUAUUAGCAUAUCCUGACCAGGAAUUAAAAUAAAGCCUCGGAUACUGAUCUGAGCUGUAAGCUGGUGGAAACUGAGCCAAAGUAGACAUUGCAAAGCUUUGCUGAAGCCUUGCUGAGGAGUGGGGUGCAUGAAAGAUGCUUAAUUCUGGGCUGCACUUCACACCAAGGUCUGCUGUCAUAGAGCCAAGACUGACAGCUUUAUUUAUAGAAAGCAAAUUAUGGAUAUUUUUUUAAAAGAUUGCCAUUUUGAUUACACACACACACGCGCGUGCACACACACACUCAUAUAUAUCAACUAACGUGGGGAUAGCUAAUUAUCCUCAUUUUGUGGUUUUCAGUGGAAGCACUGAGCAAUUUAUUGACCUUUGUUUCUGCCUGUGCUUGUAUGCAUGCGUUUUUGAACCAAUAAUAGAGCAGCGUUGUAUAUGUCUGGAUGACACUGGGUUUUAGGUACAGACCCAGUGUUAUAAUCAAAUCUAUUGAUAGCAUCCCGCAGCUCUUUGGGAAUUCCAGGGAAAUCAUAUAAUGACCUGAUAUUUUUCUACAAGAAUAUUUUCAGACACCAGAGCAUAUUACUGAUUUAAUGCUUUUUAUCCUUCACCAAAAAUACACCUAUUAUUUAAUUUGGGAGUCCCUUUCCUCUGGUUUAGAUCUGUGUGUUUUGUUUUUCUUUUCAGAAUCAUAUUUUAGCAAAUACCUAUGCAAAGAGCUUUAAAAAGUGAAACUGUGUGAAAGGAAUGUAAUUUUGCUCACUCAGACCUAUGUGUUUAUUGAGUUGCAAUGUUUUCUUUUAGAUCAGCGUUUCCCCAAAGUAUGUAUCACAUGACACUAGUUCCAGGGGACAAUGAGUGGUGUUUUGUGGGGGUGGAAAUAGGUUUGGUAAUCAACAACGUUUGUUAAAUACUGAGUUAAGCAACAUUAAACAGGUUUCACAACUGCAGGCCUCCUCAGAGACUUUCAUGUACAUUGUGCCAUUCCCUACACCUUCCUUCAGAACUCCUAACAGAGCAUCAUGUGAAGCUAGUGUUUAAAAAAAGAACACAAAAAACAAACAAAAAAAACCAGCUUUGGGACAUUGAUUUUCUUUUCUUUUUCUUUUUUUUUUUUUUGGUUUCCUAUUUUGAAAUGCUGAAGAGUGAAGUCCCAGGCUGCCUAUUGUAAGGAAAGCUUUGACGCAUUUGUAAACUAUAUUGCAUUCUUUCAUUAUAUAUUUUCAAAAUCACUGGAAUGUUGUUCAAGAGAGUUAUACUUGUGUAUUGUAAAUAACAUAUUAAAAUACAUAUAUUAAUGCCAGUAGUUUAAUUCAACAAUAGAUAAUCUAAGGUGCUCAGUAGUACAUGAAGUAUGAGUUCAUUACUCAUAGUUAAGUUGCAAAGAUCCUAUUAUAUAUUUAUAGACACAUUACAAUGAUCAUAAUUAGAAAUAUUAUUUCUUCAUCACUUAAGUUUUGGACUGAUUAAGAUGUGGGUGGGGAUCAACAGGAACUACAUUCUCUGCAUUUAUAAAAAUUUAAUUUAAAUAUUUAUAUUUUAGAAAAAAAUAUAUUUGAAUAAAAUUAAUGCAUUUUCUGAAUUAUCAUGUCAUUAGCAAGAAAUAGAAAAUUUUACUAAGAGAAUUGUCUAUAUGAAUCAUUUUAUUUUCUUCCAAGUUAGUGUACCAUAUCAGAGUGGCUAUGAUGAAUCAAUUUCAAAUGCUCAUUUUUUUUCUCCUUCUGAAUUCAGCAAGUUACAAUGACUUUACACUGUAGAUCUUUUAAUCUUGUCUUCAUGUGGGUUAUGAAUGUUGUGAAUGACAAACUCAUAUGUCUGGUUCAUGCCUGGGUACAGUUAACAAAUCCACUGAGUCAUUUUGGGGACUUUGUUUCUGCCUAAUUCUCUCUGUGCUCAGUCCGUUUCUUAUUUGAAUCAAUGAAUUAUUAAAUUCACAAUGUUUGUCCCUUGAAGGACAAGCCAAUACAAAUGAAUGAUGUUUAACUACUUAGUGGGAAGCUAUCCAUUUGCUCUUUGGGGUGACAUAUGAGGGGUGACAUAUCUUUAAAUCAUCCCAUACGGAUUUAAAAAAGGCCAAUGGGAAUAUAGACAAUUUUUUCUUUCUGACUUGAACGGAGAAACAAAACCAUACACCUAUUAAAAAAAUGCAGAGGAAUUUAACUCAUUCUAUCAAUCGAUGGGAUUAAAAUGCUGAACAAUGCAUGCUCCUUUGUCUAAAAGCUUGUUGACCCUUCUUGGUUGAAGUCAGAAGGGGCAGUCAUUCAUGGUCAGAAGGAUUCUCCUAAAAUUAAUGUACAGGGACCUUUCUGGCCCUUGUUGUACAAAUUUUAGAUAUUCUACGUUCAAAGGACUGCACUGGGCUGGGGCAAGGGAGUAAUUUUUGAAUGUACCUUGAGUUUUAAAAAUGUGCCUAUGUUUAUAGCACCAUGGGUAUCAUGUAAAAUUUAUAUGAGUUAAAUAAAUAUUCACCUCUGAAUAUGGUGGACUGGAUGCUGGUUUCAUGAUAGCUAUAGGGGGACAUGGGAGUGUGAAGACACAGCAGGCGAUUUUCUUCCUCCAAGAUUGGCCUUUAAAGGUGCUAACGGGUAAAGGGGAUGCUAUUAGCAUUUUUUUUUGCAUGUUUUUGUGUGUAUAGUUUCAGGAUGGGUCUUCACCAGGGGCUCAGGGAUCUCAUUUUUCAUAAAAUUUUCAUGGGAUUCAACCUGUACACCAAGCUCCAAAUACUUGAAUUUUCUGUAGUGCUUGGUUUGUGUUUAAAUUGCUUGUAAUAAAUGCGACAGAUUCGGGGUGAGAAGUCUUUCGACUAUUUGAAAAUUUAGUGCUAUUCAGGUUAUAUUUAGAAUGGUAGAAUCUCAGUUUUGAGGAGACUUUAGAGAUCAUCAAGCACAUUAUUUCCCAAAGUCUAUCCAUAAUUUUAGCAACACCACCUUAGAAUCUUAGUAUAUGAUUUGCUAGUAAUAUAGCAACAUAGCAUAUACAUAUGAAAAUGAAAAUACACCAAUUAAAAUAUUUUAAGUUUGUACCACCCAAAGUCACCCCACAUGUAAUAUGGUCCAGGUACUACAUAUUGGGAAAUGUUGACCUUGUAUAAUAUUCCACUGAACUCAGGAAUCUCUUCCUGAACAUACCUUAUAAUUGUUUAUUCCACCAGAAACAGAAAAUUUCCAGUUACGGGGAGGGAGUUCCUUAUCUCCUGAUGCAGGCCAUUCCAUGGCUGGAUGGAUACAGUUGUUAGAAAGCUCUUCCAUUCUUAGAGCCAAAACUUGUGUCUGCCUAACUUUCAGUCAUUACCCUGUUCUACCCUAGAAAAGACUGAAAGUCCAAUCUUUUCUACAUGCGUGUCCCAAAUAAAAAGACAAAUCAAGGCUGGGGACUACUAGGUAAAAUAACAUGAUCUGAAAAUGGCUUUAAAUAGGACAUUUAUAAUUCCUCAUUUUCAUCUUUAAAAUACCAAUUGGCCAAGAUUAAAACUUUCCAUAAUAACUAGCGGUGGGAAAACAAGCAUUUAUACACCCAUUAGUAGGUAUAUAUUUAGUAAUAAUUUAGAGGGCAAUUUGGCAAUAUCUAUAAAAACUUAAAAAUACAUGCACACUUUGACUUACGAGGAUUCAUCCUAGAGAUAUAAUUGCACAAAGACACAAAGACUAAUGUAUAAGGAUCAUCUCUGCAGCAUUGUUUGUAACAUGAAGCUGAGGUCAAUGUGACCAUCAAAAACUAAAUAAAUCCUGACACACCUAUGCAUUAGAAUAUUCUACAACUGUCAACAAAGAAUAGUCCAUUUAUAAGUGCUACUGUGGAAAAAAUUUCUAAAGGCAAGCGCUGCAAAAUGCAAACAGAGAGAUAUACUGUAGAUACACAUUCCAUUUGUUUUUUUAAAAGUGGUUCUCUUUUUUAAGAGUGGCACUGCCGGAAUUCUGGAAAUCUGUGCUAGUGUUGUUUUUGUUGUCACAAUGAUUGGGGAGCAGAGGCACUACUGGUGUUUACUGAACAAGAGUCAGAAUUGGUCCAUUUCCUGCAGUGUGAUGACAGUCCCAACAUCCAAUGGGACGAUUUCCCAUACAAUUUUUGUGCCCUUGAAUUAUUCAUGUAGGUAAAAAACAUGUUUAUAAUUAUCUGAGCCUAGGCCCUGACUACAUUUUACAUAUGAAAAAGCUUUUUGACUGAUUUCAUAUAUUCUGAAUUUUCUUAGUAUGCAUCAUGUAUAGGGAAGAUUGUGCUUUUGUUUUGCAUGAGGCAUCCUAUAAAAAACUUUAUAAAAAGAAGUCACAAGUAGCAAAUGUGUACAUGGUCCUUGAGUCACCAAUACAAAAUACCUGAGUACUUUUAUAUGCGCCUUAUUCAUGCGGGAUCUAGGUAGAAGUCAAAUAUUCACCUAUUGCAUCUUGUAGUAUAGUUGUAUCCUAGCUUCUCUAUAUUGAAAUGAGUAUUAUUUCAUUAUCAUUCCUUUUCUAAAAGUCCUUCCCUUACAGUUAGGUGUAGCAAUUAAAAAAAUUCUGAGUGCAUGUAGGUUAGACUCCUGCACUGGGGACAUCCUAUGUCUCUCAGCAGACACCGUCAGCACUAUCAUCUGGCCUCCUAGACUCUGCGCUGCUUACUCAACCUUAGGUACCACGGCCAGCUCUGCUUGGCCCAAGGCUUUCUGCCACUUAGCGUCCACUAAUUGCUUGCUUGGAAACGCUGCCUCCCCUCACCUCUUGCCUUGGUGCUGCCGGGCAGCCAGGCUGAGGAGGUGCAUACUUGAAUUUCUGGGUUCUGUCAUCAAUUCCAGACUUGGAUGAAAGGCCACACUAUAGGGCUUAAGAACGGGUGUCCUGAGCAGCUGUUAAAGAUAAUGACCUGAGCAACCCGGAACUGUGGGGGACUUAAAGCUCUGUCUGGCCAAACAUGGUAACAGGAAGCACCUGAGCAGAUGAAUGACCCUCUGCUUCCUCCUCCUCUGAGAUUCGGUGUCUCCAUACAUCAUACAUCCUGACAGACAUCCCACGUGACUGCAAAGACACCUGCGGGGUGACUGGCUGUCUCUCUUGGGGCCUCACGAAACAGUGGCCAGUGCAGUGACGUGUCACCCGGCCUUGCUUCCUUGCCUUCCCUGCCUUUUCUCCAGAAGCUUCUUCACUCUCAGGGCCCUGAAAUUGGACCUCCUGAAUAAAACAUCCGCUUAACCCUUGCCUCAGGUUUCGUUUUCUAAGCUUGGCCAAAGACCUUUAUUUAUGAAUGUUACCUCAUGACAGCCAAGGGGACAUUAAAAAUAUUUCUUAGCAAAGGGGUGUUGGGUCUGCUCAGCUGAUUAGCAAUGGGCACAUGAUAAUAUGCUUGUACCUGGGUAAAAAUGUCUGGAAGGGUACAUUAAAAAAAAGAAAAGAAAAAAGAAAGCCUCUUACUAUCAGUUAUAGCUGGAAAUCAGGCUCAGGGCCACAGGUAGACCUUAAUACCCUUCUCUAUUAUGUGAAAUUAAAUGUGCAUUUAACAAUUCUCUUUCUCUUUUGAAAAAGGUUUUCUUUUUAAUGGGUAAAUAAUGUUCUGAUAAUGGUAAAUAAUGUUUUUAAGUUGUUAAUAAAAACCUUAAAUAACAGAA